UUAUUUUGACCACUUGUAUAUAGACCACCUCUCCUUUCUACUCAAACUAUUUUCUCAUUACAACAAACAAUUCAGAAACAAAGAAAAAAAAGGGCAAAAAUGUCUAGUUUUUCAGAUAAAGAUAGAUGUGUUUGGGUAAAUGGCCCUGUUAUUGUUGGUGCUGAUCCAUCAGGAUUAACUGUUGGAGCUUGUUUGAAAGAACAAGGUGUCCCUUGUGUUAGAUUGGAACGAUCUGAUUGUAUUGCUUCUUUAUGGCAGCAAAGAACUUACGAUCGAUUAAAGCUUCACCUACCUAAACAAUUUUGUCAAUUGCCCAAAUUCCCAUUUCCUGAACAUUACCCUGAGUAUCCUUCUAAGAGACAAUUCAUCGAAUACCUUCAGUCCUAUGCUACACAAUUUCAAGUUGUUGUUGUUGGUUGUGGAUAUUCCGGGAUGGAAGUAUCACUUGCUCUUUGUAACCAUGAUACUCAACCAUCAAUGGCCUGUCGUAGCGCGGUUCAUGUUUUAGCAAGAGAGAUAUUUGGGAAAUCCACUUUUGAGCACACUCAAGGGAAAAUCCCUGUUCUUGACAUUGGUGCUUUGGAGAAAAUCAGAUCCGGGAAAGUUAAGGUUUUUCCUGGAAUCAACAAGUUUUCAUGUGAAUUUGAGUCAGUUGUUGGCUACUACAGCAAUGCUCCAUAUUGGCUAAAGGAAAGUGAAUUGAAAGAUUACCCAAAAGCACAAUAUCCUAACAAGUGGAAGGGAAAAUGUAGAGUUGGAUUCGAAAAGAGAAGGCUGGCAGCUGGUGCUUCUGCAUUCAUUAGGAAAGGACAAAACUCUGCUCAUAGAAUUUCCUUUAAAUUUUAAAACACUAUUGUGGAGGUUGUAGUCGAUAUGAUAUCGAUAAACAUAUUUACCUUACCUUUAUUGUUCACUUUUGAAAAAGAAAGUUAUAAAUUCUAGUGGAAGUCUUCUUUGUUUGUUGAAAAUUUAUCAACUCAUUUGACAUACAAAUUCUGCUUUA